AUGACCACAACGGACACCCAGACAUUCACUCAUACCUCAUCAUCGACUCUACCGGAAGAAUAUGUUCAGGAGGCAUUUCAUUCUUUCCUCAAGUCAUCCCUCACCCAAGCCAAGAUUGAAGGUCUACUCCCAGCAAACGUUCUGUCUAGCGCGGAGGGGGACUUAAUGAUUGCUGGGCCAGCACUAUGUCUCUAUUUUGCUGCUCUGCGUUCGGUGACGGAGCCGCCAUCGGUCCCCCUUCCUCGUCAGUCGAAGAGCUCGCGAUCGCGCGACUCUUUCAGUCUAUCCGAGGAUAACUGUCCCCCGUCGUUCCGCUCUUUCUGGCGUGUGUGGUCUCAGUCCGUCCCAGAGAUUCAAGCUCUUAUCCCGGAGCACCAACACGACCUAGCUCGUAUAAUCUGUGGUCUCCCCCCCAUUUCCAGCCCCAUCAAUCGUCGCGUAAAUGGAAUUGCGGCUGAUAUCCGAGCAGUAGCGAUCGAGAUCAGCAUGCGUCGUACAUUCCAAGACCGAUAUGCGGGCGACUUGCAAGCGGCGUUGGAUGCCGGAUCGAGCGGACGCAAGAAGUUCAAGGCGAGCUUCAUUCCGCCUCCAGUAUACGACGCAUCGCAGUCUCCUGUACCAUCACCCUCUCCUUCCUCAUCCACAUUCAGCCCCAUCCCUCCUUCACCUCAUUCACCUACUCCCACUAUUCUCGCGCCGGAUUCACCCGCUAUAGAGUUUAUUCGUGAGACGCUAUACGCAGCGCUAGCGGAGGUUAUUGAACGCCGGUCCGCCCUUCGACGCUAUCUGCACGUUGACCCACCCAGGGCUUACUUUGCUGCAGUAGCAUUCGCUGUCCUAGACGUCGCCACAAGUUCCAUGACCCAUCGCCAGACACAUACGAAGGCGCUCGUAGAUAUUCUUCCGAGCGAACAUGGGGAGGAAGCUACAAUACAGGGCGUUCUAGGGAAGACACUUACACUCUCGCAAUGUCCGCCCGAACUACGGCCAUUUAUGGCCGAGUUGUGCUCGAUUGGACAGGCUGCUCGCGAGAUGGAGGAGGAGGACUCGCUCGCGACAGUUCACGCACUUGAACAAGGCGAGGAUCCGCCUGCGCCCCGCCUUGAUCGUGUUCAUGAGAUUUUGCAGGGAGGUGUGGGUUCCACAUUCAGUGAUGGCGGUUCUCAUCGAUCGAGAUCGUCGAGGAACUCGACCACUGGACAUCGUUCUCCGGAGUCCCGUCGUCGAACCACGUCGACCGAGAAUCGGGCGGUUGCAUUUGCGAACAGAAUCAACGCCCUUGCUUUGAGCAUGACGAAACUUCGCGCAUUCAGAGAACGCCAGGAAUUGGUAUUCAAGGUUCUCGCUGGAAUAGGAUCGUAG